GAUCACUUCAUGCUCUAACUACGAUCCAAAUCUGGCUUCCUAUAAUCCUCCAUUAACGGACCUCAAUCGUUUGCAGUCCUUUCAUGACGGUUCCAUUUUCAAGGUGAAGGCCACAACGACGACCAAUCUAUUACACUCUGGAAUGGUGUGCAACAAAAGGAGGAGAACUUCGACCACCACCGCCGCCGGGAUUCAUGAUCUCUUCGACGAUUUGCCGGAUGAUUUACUCGUCCUCCUCCUCGGCAAACUUAGCGCCAACGCUUCUUCUCCUUCAGAUCUCGUCAAUGUUAUGUUGACAUGUAAGAGGUUCAAUCGAUUGGCUCUGCAUCCGAUGGUGCUAUCGAAAGCUGGACCUAAAGCAUUUGAAAUCCGAAUUAAAAACUGGUGCGAAUCGACUCAUCGAUUCCUGAAAUUGUGCGUUUCUGCCGGUAAUGUUGAAGCGUGCUACACUCUAGGAAUGGUCGAAUUUUAUUGUAUGAAGAACAGAGGAAAUGGAGCUUCGUUAAUGGCGAAGGCCGCGAUUAAAUCUCAUCCGUUGGCGCUUUACUCCCUCGCAAUCGUACAGUUUAAUGGAAGCGGUGGUUCAAAGAGCGACAAGAAUCUUCGUGCAGGUGUGGCUUUGUGCGGACGAGCCGCUUGUCUCGGUCAUAUCGAUGCGCUUCGCGAACUAGGUCACUGUCUUCAAGACGGUUACGGCGUCGCUCAAAACGCGUCCGAGGGACGUCGUCUCUUAAUCGAAGCCAACGCGCGUGAGCUCGCGUCGAUAACAAACUCCUCUCUCCGCCGUCUCAACUGCUCCGUCGACCGCCCUACCACGACGGAUUCCAGCGGAUCGCUUCUUAGUGAUUUCGGCUACAACAUUCCGGCGCCGGAGGUUCAUCCGGCGAAUCAAUUUUUAAGAGAUUGGUUCACUUCUGGCCGUGGAUUUAUCGCUGAAGGUUUGAGACUCUGCUCGAAUAGUGGCUGUGGAAGGCCAGAGACUCGGCUUCAUGAGUUCCGGCGGUGCUCGGUUUGUGGUAAUGUAAACUAUUGCUCACGAGGUUGCCAAGCUCUGGACUGGAAAUUGCAGCACAAGACGGAAUGUGCGCCGUUUGACCGGUGGCUGAUCGAGGACGACGACCUCGAAGACGACGACGACGACGGCGUAAACAGAAUAGAGCAGUUCGGAGACGGUGUGAAUGUGGAAACGGAAUGAUAUUUGAUUAUUAAAGGCAAAGAUUUCUCUUGUUGUUUGACAUCACUUUUACCCUUUUAAAAUUCUUUUUAUUUUAUUUUA